CAUCGGCACCUCCCCAGAGCCCUGGGAGAAGCUGGUGUCCCUCCUGGCUUCCUCCGACUCGCUCCGGGCAUUGCCUGCCUGCUUUCUCGGCUGCUGCCUGCUUCCAUCCCCGGGCACUGCCUGCAUCCCUCCCCGGACAUCCCUGCCUGCACCCCCGCCUGAGCACGCUGCCUGCCGCCCUCCCCGGGCACUGUCCGCUUCACGCCCGGGCAUUCCCCGCAUCCUUCCCCGGGAGCUGCUUCUAUCCACCCCCGGGAACCGCCUGCCCCCUCUCCGCCGUGCCCCGGCCGGAUUUUUGCUACCCAGCGGCGGUCGCCCUCCCCGCCCGGUCCCCCCUGCCGCCGCCGCCCGGCCCCUCGGUAUAGCGGCGCCGGGCGGGGGCCGGGCCGGGGCUCUGCAGCGGGGCCGCCCGCCCCGCACCGGGCUCGCCGCAUGGCUCCGCCGCCCGCCGGGGUUCCGCCGGCCCGGGCUGCUGCUGCUGCAAGUGACCUGCCGUCCCGGAGGGGAAAUGCAUCCUGAAUGGGGCUGAGGCCCCCUGCGUGGGAAUAUGCAGCCUCGGCACCGCGGGGGCAGCACCGGGGCAGCGGCCGGCGCCUGGCGGCAUGGUGGCGACGGUCAAGAUCGCCGUGCUGGGAGCCCAGGGCGUGGGCAAGAGUGCCAUAGUGCGGCAGUUCCUCUACAACGAGUUCAGCGAGGUCUGCGUGCCCACCACGGCUCGCCGCGUCUACCUGCCUGCCGUCGUCAUGAACGGCCACGUCCACGACCUGCAGAUCAUGGACUUCCCCCCCAUCACCGCCUUCCCCGUCAACACCCUGCAGCUUCGAGUACAUCAAAACCAUCCGCCAGCAGAUCCUGGAGACGAGGGUCAUCGGCACCUCGGAGACCCCCAUCAUCAUCGUGGGCAACAAGCGGGACCUGCAGCGGGGCCGGGUCAUCCCGCGCUGGAACGUCUCCAACCUGGUGAAGAAGACCUGGAAGUGCGGCUACAUCGAGUGCUCGGCCAAGUACAACUGGCACAUCCUGCUGCUCUUCAGCGAGCUGCUCAAGAGCGUGGGCUGUGCGCGCUGCAAGCACGUCCACACCACCAUCCGCUUCCAGGGCGCCCUGCGCAGGAACCGCUGCACCAUCAUGUGAGCGCCCCCGGCCCGGCCCCGGCCGACCCCCGGCCCCGGCCGACCCCCCGGCGCCGCCCGCUGCGGGGGGAGGUGAUGCCACGGGGGGAGCUGUGCCCAGAGCGCCUUGGGCGUUGCUCCCGCACGGUGCUGGCAGCCCGAGGUGACGUUUAGGGACAGUGCAUCUCGGGCGGUGCUGGGCAGGGGGCAUGUGGUGGCCGCCGGUGGGUGGCUGAGCUGCCUGGAGGGAGGACCUCAGCUAACCCCUGAGCCCACCCUGAUCCUCCAGCUGGGGGUCAAGGGGUGGCUGAGCUGCCUGGAGGGAGGACCUCAGCUAACCCCUGAGCCCACCCUGAUCCUCCAGCUGGGGGUCAGGGGGUGGCUGAGCUGCCUGGAGUGAGUACCUCAGCUAACCCCUGAGCCCACCCUGAUCCUCCAGCUGGGGGUCAGGGGGUGGCUGAGCUGCCUGGAGUGAGUACCUCAGCUAACCCCUGAGCCCACCCUGAUCCUCCAGCUGGGGGUCUGGGGGUGGCUGAGCUGCCUGGAGUGAGGACCUCAGCUAACCCCUGAGCCCACCCUGAUCCUCCAGCUCUUGGGGCUGAAGCUGUCCCCAGGGGGGGUUGUCUCUGCUGUGCCUGAAGCACUGCACAGCAUGGGGGUAGGGGAGGUGGUGCCCAGAGGUUGGCUGUUGGGUCCACCCUUGCUGGCUCCUGGCCUGGCACUGCAGGGUCAACGCUUGCUGCUGCCUGCCACCACCUGCUCCCUGGAAGGGCCUUGCCCAGCAGCUGUGCCCUGAUGGCCAGGGUGGCUCUGAUCCUGGGGCACACGGAGUGCUGGUACCCAGCCUGCAGAGCUGGGGUUCCUCCCUCAGAGGGCAGAGCAGCCUCCUGCAAGAGGCCAGGUUACACAGGCUCUCUUUUGGCUCGGUUGGGUCAGAUUUCCAGGAGGAAUUCCUGGAUGAAUGCAAGAAAUGGGGGGGGGGAGGGAACCAAUGAAUCCUCCAUCCUGCUCCUUGCAUCCCCCCAGGGUGCCAGGUGCUGCUGCCCCAGCGCUUCGAGUCCCCUCCUGCCCCAAUUCAUCCAGGGAAGUCUUCUCCUUCCCCACCAGCCAGUCCAACACCAAACCAUCUCGAGGCGCUCCUUGCUGGGCAGAUCACCCCUCUGCUACCUCGCGUGCCAGGCUCAGCAGGUGACCAGCUUUGUGCAGCUCUGACCCAACCCCUGGUGUCCCCAGGGCAGGCAGAUCCCACCAUGCCAUCCUGACCCACGCCAGGCUUCCCCACAGGGACCCUCGCCCCCAUCCACGGGAGGUGCCAGCGGUGGGAGGGCAGCCUCCAAAGCAAUAGGGGCCUGGAGCUGCAUUUCCAGCUGUGUUCCUUGUUUCUCCUUUAGUUCUGUGCACAUCCCUAACAGGAAGGUGAGCCUCUCAUGAGUAUUUUUUCAUUGUUUUUCAGUCUUUUGUCUCGUUCUCACAGCAGGCUUGGAGCUCACCUCUGCCCUGUCCGGCAGGCUGGGUUAGCAAACAGGCCUGGGGCAUCGUGCUGGCAAUGGGUGAGGAGAGGCUGAGGGGGUUGUGCUUCCCCCUUCUUGCUGCUCCUUCUAAGACUCAGGAGAUCACCAUCCUCACCCCUUGAGGCAGGGUCUGAGACCAGUCCAUCCUCCAGCAAAACCCUCUCAGUGAUUUCUGGUGUCACAGAGGGGGCUGCUGUGGGCAGUAAAGCAAAGAGCCACCAGCCCCAUCUCACCCCCCAGGCCAGGUCUGCACCCUACAGAAGCACCACUGUGCUCUUGGUCACACAGAGCAGGUCCAGCUGAGCUCUGGCCUGGUGCAUACCCCAACCCUGCCCUGCAGCCCCAGUGUCAUGGGAUCAGUCGGGGGUCACCCUGCUGCUCCCUUCCCAGGCGCUUUGGGAGCCAAAUCCUCUUCCCCUUGCUCCAAAAGAGAAAGGAAACCAAGAGAAAAGGUGUUGGGGGGGACAUGGGUCUGGCUCAUGUGGCUGGGACGGCCCUGCCAAGGGCAGGGGGAGGCUGGUAGCACUCAUCACCAUCCCUCUCCUCCAUGGCACCCCCUGACCUCAUCUGGCCAGGAUUUGACACCUGUAGGUUUACCUUCUCAGCCUCUGGCCAGCUUUGUCCCUCCAAACGGUCUGAGAAGGGAACUCCUUGGUGAAUGCUAAGAACAAAGCAUCGCUGAAGUGCUCUGAGGCAGAGGCACCAAGGACUAAGCCAAUACAUUGUUUGUUAUCACCCCGUAGCCUGCAGUUUAUAGCACAAUUAGGUACAGGGUUUUGUAGCAUCUCUUUAGUAUUUUGGAGAAAAACAAACAAGCAACAAAAGUUACCAAGUGAAUUGUUCUCCUCUGCUGCAUUUACAGACCAGGAGAGUCUCGUCCCCAGGAACAACUCUCACUGCUCCAAAGGUGUUUCCUGAGAAACUGAGGGCUACAAAGAGCUGCUGCCCCCAGCCCCAGCACGGGGGGGAGGCAGUGGCCCUGACCAGGUGCAGGUAGAGAUAACUGGGCAGUGGUACCCACUGGGUACAGGCAGGGAUAGCCAGGUGAUGGUACCAGCUGGGGGCAGGCAGGGAUGACCAGGAUGGUGGUACCCACUGGGUGCAGGCAGGGAUAGCCAGGUGAUGGUACCAGCUGGGGGCAGGCAGGGAUGACCAGGAUGGUGGUACCCACUGGGUGCAGGCAGGGAUGACUGGGCAGUGGUACCCACUGGGUGCAGGCAGGGAUAGCCAGGUGAUGGUACCAGCUGGGGGCAGGCAGGGAUGACUGGGCAGUGGUACCCACUGGGUGCAGGCAGGGAUAACCAGGUGAUGGUACCAGCUGCGGGCAGGCAGGGAUAACUGGGCAGUGGUACCCACUGGGUGCAGGCAGGGAUAGCCAGGUGAUGAUACCAGCUGGGUGCAGG